CUUUGAGAUUGCUGGCACUUCGCUAAGCAACCACUGCCAAAGGACAGACCCAGUUGACUACUUGCACCGGUUAAAAUGAUGACAGCCAGAGACAGAUGGAGGAUGUAUAAGAGAGUGAGUUUGAUGUUUUUCCUGGCUGUGUUAACCCUGACUGUGGUCCAGAGGGGCAAUAUCAACACUGGGGUGCAGUUUCAGCUGGAGAGGGAGACACAAAAGGAGCCCACCAUCUUCAAAAGGGCCCUGUUGAAGAAGGACCCCUUCCAGGACAGCGGACAUUUCAGGAACACUAGUCCAGUGGCCACCUCAGAGAAGCAGGGAGUGACAGAGGAUGGAACACCCAGGACCUGGGAUGUCACCUCCACCAACUGCACUGCCAACCCCAACUUCACAAGCAUGAGGUGGUUUGCUGGUCUGGAGCCCAAUUUCAAGCAGUUCCUUCUGUACAGGCACUGUCGGUAUUUUCCCAUGAUCAUCAAUCACCCAGAGAAGUGCAGUGGGGAGAUCUAUUUGCUCAUAAUCAUCAAGUCCAUCAUAAUCCAGCACGACCGCAGGGAUGUAAUCAGAAAGACCUGGGGCAGGGAGCAGGAGGUCGAUGGAAAGAGGGUUAAGACCCUGUUUCUCCUGGGAAAGUCAUCGAAUGAGCUGGAGAAAGCCCAUCACCAGAAGCUGCUGGAGUAUGAAGACUACAUCUAUGGGGACAUCCUGCAGUGGGAUUUUUUGGACACCUUCUUUAACCUCACCCUCAAGGAGACCCAUUUCCUUAAGUGGUUUGGUACCUACUGUGGUAGGGUGUCCUACAUCUUCAAGGGGGACGAUGAUGUGUUUGUAAACAUCCAGAACAUCUUUGAGUACCUGGGGGGAACUUAUGCCAAGAACCUGUUUGUGGGCGAUGUCCUUUUCAAAGCCAAGCCCAUUCGAAAGAAAGAGAACAAGUACUAUAUCCCCCAAGCUUUGUACAACAAGACGCACUACCCGCCAUAUGCAGGGGGCGGUGGGUUCCUGAUGGGUGGGCCCCUGGCCAGGAAACUCUACAGAGCCUCUGAAACCUUGGACCUGUAUCCCAUUGACGAUGUCUUCCUGGGCAUGUGUCUGGAGGUGCUCCAGGUCUCCCCCAUCAAACACAAUGCCUUCAAGACCUUUGGGCUGGUAAAGAACAAGACCAGCAGGCUAAACAGAGAGCCGUGUUUCUUCAAGAGUAUGAUUGUGGUGCACAAGCUUCUCCCUUCCGAUCUCCUCCACAUGUGGAGGCUAGUCAACAGUGACCUCAUUUGUUCACGGAAGGCAGUACUUCUAUAGCUAUAGACAUUGAGGCAGGCAGCUCAUGCACAGCUUCUGUGAACUACACUGUGGAAGGCAAAAAAGGGAAACUAAUUUUAAGCCAACUCAAAGACAAGUAUUUCUAUGCUUAGGAAAGGACCUGGAUAAAUUAUACUGUAUGUACUAUGUGUUACAAAAGAGGCGGUGCCUUCACUGGUGGCUGUGAAGGCUUGUGAUUUAACUUAUUUUUUAUUGCUAUUUAGAAUUUCAAAACUGUGUCUGAGGUCAAGUCUAUAUCACUGAGCUUUGCAUUCCUGUUUUGAUGACUGGUUAGUCUGUGAAGUUAAUGUUAUUGGGAGGGAGUUGGUGGCAACGCAACAUUCUACCCAGAGAGGAAAUUGCAGCUUUAGGUAUACUUAAAUAGGUUUUUGAUCGGGUUAUGAAGGUAUACUAUAUACAUUUACAGCAAAUACUGAAUAGAACUGAAUAGUCAACUAAACAAUGGACCACGAUGAUUAGUUUCUAGCUACCUCAGUCUUGUAAGAGGGUUAAAGAUUUUGCUUACGUGUAUGUGUGCACAUGUGCCCUAAUAUUUAUGUUUAGGAUCAAGAAAUUAUACACAUUAGCCACACUGUAAUAAGAAAAUCCUGAUUUGUUAAUCUAUUGUGGGUGAUUCAAACUUAAGUGAAGAAUUACAUUUCUUUCUUUUGUAGAAAAGCAGCAAAGAGGCAAAAUAAUAUUUCACACCAUUUCAGAAUAUGGAUAUAUUUAUUUUGGAAUUGCUUAAAAUGUACUGAAAUAGUAAUUAUUAAUUGCACAAGGGAAAAGGUUUACACAUAAUAUUAAUUUAAAUACAGAACUGUGAAUGUAGGAGAAAUCUAUUGCUGGUACAUGCACAGGUUUCUUGGUUUUCAUCAAUAAAGUGAAUUUUUGUAUUUAUGUAGAAUAAUUAUGAGUAAAGAUGUUAUAACUAAUCAAAAGAGGUGAGGGAUUAUACACGGAUGUAAAUACUUGUAAAAAGAAUGUAAAAUGAGGUAAUAAAAUAUUUGUUUAAAGAAACAUUUAAAAUUCAGGUGUAUUGUUUUUAUGCUUGUGAUGCUUGUUGAAUUAUAAGGAGAUUUUUUUUUCAUUUUACAUCUGGAAAUUAUUUACUUGUCAUUUUUUUACCUAUUCAGGAGCUUCUCUUAAGAGAAAUCUUUCUCUCAGUGUGAUGUACAAAACUGAACACAAUACACAAUAAAUGUGGUCAGAGAAAAGCAUUGUUAAACAAAUCAAUCAAUAUAACCUCCUUAGAUUUGUACUUUGUUAUAUAUUAUGUUAUUUUGUGCUAUAUGAAAUGUUAAAAAUGAGUUUGAUUCUUUUCUUAGACUCAGAAUUCAGAACUCUACUAAAUGAGACAUGCUGUUUAAAUGUGGUCUGAUUUGCAUUUUUGUGUAUUAUACAAAUGUCAACUGUAUGUUUCAUCACUUUAAAAAUCCUGCAAACUUAAAUUCAGGAUUUGAUGAAAGACCC